GCGCGCGACAGAUCCGUUCAGGCUAGCUAAUCGAGCAUAUCGCACUUUCGCUAGAUCGCGCUAUCCGGAGAUUAAUUUUUUUUUUAUCAAUUCGAGUGUGUGUAUGACCGGUGUAUUUUACCACGAGAUCACGGCUAUCUUCGAGGCCUCUUCGGGCGACAUCGCCUUGAUUACGUUCCAUCUGCGACUACGCCGACUCACCUGCGAAGGAGACGUCCUGGGCUCGAGCAUUCCCGAGAACGAGCGAGAAAUACGAACCGUCGAAGACUUUAGAGUACGGAUAUCCAUCUGCUCAUCAAGUCCAUCAAAUUGCCAACUUGAUGGUCAGCUAGGAGUACACAGGUCAUCGACUGGCUACAUAUCAACACCAACUCUUAAAGAAUUGGCUUUGAAAGCUGUUUCGCAGUAGCUGUGCCAGGAGAGUGUAAUCUACGGCGUGUUCGAAUAUUGCUGUUUAACUUCAAGGCAUCGACUGCAAGAUGAACAAAAAACAACAGAAGAACUUGGGAGCUUCUCCUGUCGAUGAAGCCAAUGCCAAUCUCUUGGGGAGAAUGAAUGUGAUGAACCAAGAGCAGCUUAAUAACCAGCCGAAACUGACAUGGCAGCAGCAGCAGCAGCAGCAGCGGCAGCAGCAGCAGCAGCAGAAGCAAGAGGAGCAACAAAGAAAUAACAAGAAAGAGGGAAAGGUAGUGCAACAUAAUCAGAAACACCAAGGAACUGGAAGUAUGCACAAUAGACCGACGCAAGGAGGAAACUCGCAACAGGGACAGAAAACGCAAGGAGGAAACUCGCAACAGGGACAGAAAACGCAAGGAGGAAACUCGCAAAAGGGACAGAAAUUGCAAGGAGGAAACUCGCAACAUUGGCAGAAGUCGCAAGGAACUGUUAGCAUGCAAUGUCAGAGACAGAAUCAAGGAGAAAAGCCACCGCAACAUCUCAAUAAGCCAGGGAGAAAAACGCAAACGGAAGGACAGAAAAACUACGGAAAUACGCAAGAAGAUAAGGCAGAAUUACAGCACUCAUUUCGUUCGCAAACAGCAUUGACAUCACAACAUCAACAACAACAACAACAACAACAACAAUAUAACGAUCAUCGAUACCGUACGCCGCAAAAUACAGGAACAGCAGCAGUGGAAAUGUCUAUCAAGGAAUUGUCAAAGACUACACAAUCGAUGAACAAAAGAAUAGUCCGUCUAGAGGCAUCGAUUAGUGCUGUAAAAUCCAGUCAGGAAGAGCUGAAGAACGAUGUAAGGUCGAUCAACAAAAAGGUCGUCGAUGUCCAGACAUUAGCAACAUCCAUUCAUAAAAUGUUGACAGACAUCAGAAAGCAUCAAUCUUCCAAGGCGACAACAAAACCUGUUUUCUUGCCGUUCAAGUCCUGCGCGGAUCUACUAGCAUUCGACAAUACCACGGACGAGCAGUUUGACGACUGCGUAAGCUACUUGGAAUAUAUCAAAGGAGUUACUGCAUCAGAUUCAGCAGCAAAAUUUUUCAAAGCCUGCUUUGUUGUCAAUGAAGAUAUUUUCCGCAAUCUCACAUGGACCGGCUCAAAAACUAACCAAGACCUCAUGGCACUAAAGGAUACUCGUUUUUCGACAGCUUGCCUAAAUGCAAUGCCGUAUAAUAAGGAUACACUGACGAAGCCAACGGAGGAUGAUUUCGUCAAGGCUAUGACAAAAGCCCUCAAGAGUGCCAAAGAGAGCUUUCGCCGCACUGGCAUCCUGCUACGUCGUCCGAUUCAAAACCAGAAUCACCAGGAUUCUCCACCGCCUAAGCGACUUCGCCGUCAUAACGAGCCAGCUAUCGUCGACAAUGCGCCACGCUUCGACGGAGAGAACGAAGAAAAGUUCAGCGAUAACGACUUUCAUGAGACCAUCUACUGGAACAACAACAACAACCUGGAUAACCAGAUGUUCGAUGACUUGAACGAAGAAAACGGUGGCAACCUGAACUUGGAUCCCAAGACACAAGACGACGACUUUGAGGAGAACGACACCGAGGAUCCGAACUUAGAACAAAAUGAAAAUGAAGAAGAUGCUGAAGGAGAUGAAGAAGAUGCUGAAGAAUAUCAAGAAGAUGCUGAAGAAUAUCAAGAAGAUGCUGAAGGAGUUAAAGAAGAUGCUCAAGAAGAUGAAGAAGAAGAGAAUAUAUUUUCGUAAAUUAAGAUAAGUAUUCUUUCAUUUAUUAUUUAUAUUUAUUUCAUAACUUUUCUUUCUCACCAAGCUCAUUCACACUAUUACUAAAAAUAGUUUUAGUUUCCCAUUCUUCGUUUUUUUUUUAUUUUCAAAUUAGUUUAAAUAGAUGUGAAAGGGCUUUGGAGGGCUUAAUUUCAUAACCCAACUUUUGUUUCAGUUAUAUAAAAAAUACACGUUAGUUUUAGGUAUGCUUUAUUAUUUCUUACUAUUAGUGUUUAACGUGUAUUUUUUAUCAUAACGCUUUUUCACAUUUUUAUUACAAGUAUAUGUUUUUAUUUGCUUCAUUUAUUAUUAGUUAUAAAAGAUGUGAGAAAGCGUUGGAGGGGCUAGUAUUGUGGAUGAGCCUCACAGAGACGGGCGAGGUCGGGGCCCGCUCAUACCUAAUAAACAAAAUUUGAUUUUCAGCUUUUGAUAGACAUCUCAUCCAUUGUAAGAAAUAUAUAUUUCUAUAUCUAUUAUAUAAUAUAAGUG